AUGAGACCACCAGCCCCUGCUGGACCUGGGCCUCCAGGAUAUCCAGGUUCAUGGCCCGGACCACCUUCUGUUCUUGGCAACUUAUUCAAUGGACUUUGCAGUACCAUAUCCUCUUGUUUCUAUGUAGUAUGCUGUUGCUGGUUGCUACAAGACUGUUUUGGUGCACCACCCGAACCACCACCAGUUCCAGUGGCUCCACCACAAGUUCCACCGCCUCCUCCACCUCUGCCUCCGCCACCACAGCCAUUUUGGCCUCCUGACCCUCUAGGUGGUCCAAUUGGGCCCCCAGGUGACCCACCACCAGUUCCUGAUUGGGCUCCGGGUGGUCCACCAGGACCUUCACCUCCUUAUUAA